CGGGUCACCAAGCGAAAGCCUUGAAUAAAAAGCUCAACGCCCUAAUUCUUUGGUGUGGCUGACCCUUAGCCUCCACGUUUUUGCCGCCUUCCGGCAGCCAUAGUUUGAAAGCGAGAAACCACGUAUGCUCUUAAUCCCCCGGUUACCUCCACCGCUAGCCAUCGUUCCUUCUCUAUAUCCUAAAAAGUUGAAAACUUGGAAACCGAACAAACUCAAAGUGCCCUGCAAACUCCAAGUAGAAAGCUAUCCCUUCUCCAAUAUCUUCUCAUGGAAGAAGAAUCCUCUGCAAACAGUAGCCCUAACCUCAGGAAUCCUUCUCGUUGCGAUGAGUGUGGAUCGAACCCCUGGAAGUAUCGAUGCCCUGGAUGCUCGAUCCGCUCAUGCAGCCUUCCCUGCGUGAACUCGCACAAGAAGCGCACCAGUUGUACUGGCAAACGCAGGCUCACUGAACAUGUGCCGCUUUCGCAGUUCGACGACAACCUCCUCCUCGCAGACUACAGGUUUCUCGAAGAAACUAAGAGGGUGGCAGAGUCUGCUAGGAGAAUGAUUAGUGGAUUUCGUUGCUAUUUUGGCUUUAAGCUGCCAACUAAGCUUUUUAUGCUCCGAAAUGCUGCUCGACGGAGACAGAUUCAGCUCUUGUUCUUCCCUGCUGGGAUGUCAAAGAGAGAAACAAAUCAAUCCAGAUAUGAUCAGAGGUUUAAUUUCUUCUCCUUCCUAAGAAGGAAAAACACUAUUUUUUGGACACUUGAACUAAGGUUUCAUGAUACUGGUGUUGUUCUAGUUCACCACAGUGUAGAUGAACAUGCAAACUUAUUAUCUAUAUUUGUGAAACAUCUUACACCUGGCCCCUGGAAUCAUAAGCUGAGGUCAUUUUGCGAAGCCCAGUUGGAUGAUUUAAAGCUUUUCCUCCAGAUAAAUCCAAAGAACUCAAAGUCAACUUUCAGGAAAUUGGACAUAGAAGCACCAAUAGGUUCACAGUUAGCCAAGAUUGUGGUGCUCGAGCAUCCCAUCAUUUUUGUUUAUCUUCCUUCGCAUGAAAAUGGCUUCGAAGUUGAGGCAUCUAGAAUGCCUUUACUUAGAAACCCACCUCCUUCAACUUUUGAUGGUAUACCAAGCCACAAUGGUACUUUAUAUAGGGUGGAGGAGGUUGAAGAAGGUGAAAUGCCUUCUGAUACAAGAAUUACAGAUCUUGUGGAUUGCAGGAAAUCUGAAGCCAAUUGUAAUGUACCUUCUAACACUUUCAUCGCAAAGGAAAUAGCAAAAGAAGAUAAACAGAUUACAGAGGCAAAUACUGGAGUUGUCAAAGAUCAAAUCUCUGGAGAGGCUCAAGGAGAACAAGCUACAAACUCUCCUGAAUCAGGAGAAGCGGUAUUUUAUUUUGAGAAAGAACUCAGGGAUGCUUAUUCUGAUCUGAUUGGAGAGAUGAAUCCUGAUGAUUUUUUGUGCUUAGAUGGUGUUUAUGAAGACAGUGUUGACUUGAGAGAAGGAAGAUGGUAUGACAUUGAAGAAAGACGAAGGGGCGAUGCAGAAGAACUAAGGGAUCCUGAGUUGGAUGAAUUAAGAGAUGCCUUUGAGGGAAGGAAAGGGGAUGGCUUGGGAGAAAAAGAAGAGAAUGACGACUUGAAAGUAAGAAGAAAUGGUGAUCUGGAAGAAAAAAGGGUGGAUUCAUUUCUUUCUGGUGGGUUUUCCUUCGGGGAAAUGGAAUUAGAGGAGGGUGAGAUCCCUUGUUUUUCUCAGUAACAUUAGCCAUUUCGUCACAGUGAAACAACAUUUAUUUAUUGAAGAUGGCUUAAACUGUUAGAAUUCAGCACUGCUCCAUUUGUUUGA